GGUAUUUUUGUCUUUGUGCUGGCGAGCAUCUUGAUUGCCAUCUUCUCGCACCGACUACAGAGGAAUCUCGACCCUAUUGCGCAAAAACUGCAGCACAUCAAGGCUGGUUGGCUGAUUGUCUGCAGUCUCAUUGCCCUCGUCUCGAUACCACCGCUAUUCGGGCAUGAAUUUCUUGCUGCCGUCUCAGGUUUCGUGUAUGGCAUGUCAAAUGGCUUUCUCAUGGUCAUGAUAAGUUCCAUUGUUGGCGAGUCGUUCGUUUACUUUGGCUUUCGCUACUUCUUCAAAGGCCAACUCGACCGGUUUCGUGAGCGCCACAAGGAGAACUAUGGUGUCUUUGUUGGCGUUGUUGAAGAUGGAGGGUUGCUGAUGCUCUUCUUGAUACGGAUGAGCAUCAUCCCACCACACUUUAGCACGCCCUUGUUUUCAAGCUUGGAGACCAUCACCUGGGCACGCUGGAUGAUGGCCAAUGCUCUUGCCAGUCCAGUCAAGUUCUUUCCACCAGUCUAUGUUGGCGUCUUGCUUAGAGACAAAGCACACAACUCAAUUAUGGGAAAUAUCGCAUUCGUGCUAUCGACACUCAUUACAGUAGGUACCAUGUGGUUCAUUGUCAGAGCGUACCGGGCCAAGAGGCAAUCCAUGGAAGACGCA